AUGAGGUCGAUCAUCAUCGCCUCCCUUGUGGCCUUGGCCCUUGCCUCCUCCCCAGCUUUCGAGCGUAGCUUCGAGCCAGAGACUGACUACCACUACAAACUCGACGGACUUGUCCUCUCCGGACUCCCAACCGAGUCUUCUGAGCAAUCCCAAACCCGUAUUUCUGCCCGUGCCCGUAUUCAAUCUGACAAUGACCGUUACAUCCACUUCCAACUCGUCAACAUCCGUCUCGCCGCUUCCCACCUCCCAGAGUCCGAGCAAAUGCCAGCUUUGAACUCAAUGGAGCCACGUGAGCUUUCCGAGGAGUACACGCACAUGCUUGAGCGCCCAAUCCGUGCCCAACUUAGAAAUGGACUAAUCUCCGAGAUCCAAUUCGAGAAGGAAGACGCCGAGUGGUCCAAGAACAUGAAGAGAGCCGUUCUCAACAUGAUCUCUUUCAACCCAGUUGCCCCAAGAGACGAGAUGGAAGAGAUGGAAUCCUACAGAAAGGAGUCUUCUUCUUUCGAGGAGAACACCUCUUUCUUUACCAACGAGAAGACCCUUGAAGGAGACUGCCAAGUUGCCUACACCGUCGUUCGUGAGCAGAAGAAGACCAUCAUCACCAAGUCUGUCAACUUCGACAAGUGCACCGAGCGUUCCGAGAUCGCCUAUGGACUCCGUUUCUCUUCUGAGUGCCCAGAAUGCGAGAAGGACACUGAAAUGAUCCGCCCACAAACUGUCUACACCUACGUUAUGGAGAACAACGAGCUCAAGGAGUCCGAGGUUCGCUCCCGCUACACCGUCAAUGUCAACGGACAAGAAGUCAUGAAGACCGAGACUCGAUCCAAGCUUGUUCUCGAGGAGAGCCACUCGAUCAAGAGCCACAUCAAGAAGGCCAACGGAGAGAAGGAAGACAUCAUCUACUCUUCCCGCUGGGAACAACUUGUUGAGGACUUCUACAAGAAUGGAGACAAGGCUGAGUUCUCUCCAUUCGAGAAGUUCCCACUUGACAAGAAGAUCCAAUUGAUCAAAACCAUCACCGAGCAAGUCCAAGAGGUCGAGAACAACAUGCCAGAGACCGCUCAUUUCCUCGCCCGUCUUGUCCGCAUCUUCCGCACCACCUCCAUCUCUCAACUCAAGGAGAUCCACGAGAAGAUCUACGCCAAGGCCGACAGAAAGAUCCAAUCCAUGAUUGAGUCUGCUCUCGCCAUCUCUGGAACCAAGAACACCAUCCAACACCUUCUCAACCACAUUGAGAACGAGGACAUCACCCCAGUCGAGGCUGCCAAGCUUAUCAAGUCCAUCCAAGAGACUCCAUUCCCAUCCCAAAGCAUUGCCGAGUCCCUUCUCAAGUUCGCCCAAUCCCGUGUUGCCAAGACCAACCAAAUCAUCCGCCAAUCCGUCUGGCUCGCCACUGGAUCCGUUGUCCGUGGAGUCGUCGACAUUAGAAGCCUCCGCCCACUCAUCCGUGAGGACAAGCGUGAGAUGAAGGACAAGUUCUUCCGCACCUUCAUGAAGCAAUUCCAAGAUGCUGAGACCACCUACGAGAAGGUUCUUGCCCUCAAGACCAUCGGAAACGCUGGACUUGAUAUCUCCGUCAACGAGCUCAACGACAUCAUUGUCGACAAGCGCCAACCACUCCCAGUCCGCAAGGAGGCUAUUGAUGCCCUCAGACUUCUUAAGGACUCCAUGCCACGCAAGAUCCAAAAAGUCCUCCUCCCAAUCUACAAGAACCGUCAAUACGAGCCAGAAAUCCGCAUUCUUGCUCUCUGGAGAAUGAUGCACACCCGCCCAGAGGAGCCACUCCUCGUUCAAGUCGUCUCUCAAAUGGAGAAGGAGUCCAACCAACAAGUUGCCGCUCUUACCUACCAAAUGAUCCGUCAAUUCUCCCAAUCCACCAACCCAUGCUACCAACGUGUUGCCACUGAGUGUGCUAAGGUUCUCUCCUUUACCCGCUACCAACCACAAGAGCAGAUGAUCGCCUCCGCAUACGCCCAACUCCCACUCUUCAUGCAAAAUGCUUUCUCCGGAGCUCAAUUCGACUUCGCCGCCAUCUUCGAGAAGAACUCUGUCCUUCCAAAGGACCUCCACGCUUCCCUUGACGCCGUCUUCGGAGGAAACUGGAACAAGUACUUCGCUCAAGUUGGAUUCUCUCAAGAGAACAUGGACCAAUACAUCUACAAGACCCUUCAAAAGCUCGAAUCUCUCGAGAAAGAGUCCACCACUGUUGUCCGCGGACGCCGCAUCCAAACCGGAAUCAGAAUGCUUAAGGAGCUCGCCCAAAAGAUGAACAUCCGUGCCCGUCCAUCCACCCGCAACGAGAAGAAUGCCUACGCCAUGAUCUACCUUCGCUACAAGGAUAUGGACUUCGCCGUCCUCCCAAUCGACUCCCAACUUGUUGAGGAUGUUGUUGAGAGAUUCGUCAGCAGCGGAAAGAUUGAGUUCUCCGCGAUUCGCCGUGUGCUCAACAAGGACUCCGAAUUCGAAGCCCACCACGCCGCUUUCUUCUACGAGGCUGUCCGCAAGUUCCCAACCACCCUUGGACUCCCACUCACCAUCUCCGGAAAGAUCCCAACUGUCAUGUCUGCUGAAGGACAAAUCUCCCUCGAGAUGGACGGAACUGAGCUCCGUUUGACCGUCGAGGCCCGCCCAUCGGUUGCUGCCACCCACGUUUAUGAGAUGAGAAUGUUCACUCCACUCUUCGAGCAAGGAAUCAAGACCCUCCAAUCCAUCCGCGCCUACACUCCACUCAAGAUCCAAGCUGUCGCUGGAUUGAAGAAGAACUUCGAGCUCGUCUACAAGGUUAUCGUUCCAGAGAGCCAAAAGUCGAUCGUCUCCCUCUCCACCCGCCCAGUCGUCUUCCUCCGCCACCCAGGAUUCUCCAAGUUCGAGUACAUCGAGGCUGAGGAGAGAACCGUCGCGGUCCCACAAUGGGAACAGAAGACUCAAGAGGUCGAGAGAACCGAGAACUACCUUGGACUCGAGUUCUCCACCCGUGGAAACAUCCUCCGCCAACACUCCGUCGAGAACUGGCUUCUUGCCGAGCAAGACUUCGAGGUCACCGUUGAGAACAAGAACCGCCCAGCUGAAUUCGUCUUCCGCAUGACCGCCUCCCCACUCGAGAAAACUCCACUCUCCGAGAUCAAGAUCAGCAACGAGAUCUUCGAGAAGGAGUUCGAGCUUGAGCAAGAGAGAUCCGAGAACCGCCGUGAGUCUUUCUCCAAGAUGAUCAAGAACAUCCAAAAGGAGCAAGGAUACAAGAGCCUUAUCACCCUCAAGUUCGAGGCCCCACGUGACUACCAAAUGAGAUCCGAGCUUACCACUGUCUGCGACAAGCAAGUCCGCAUGUGCCAAUGGACCGUUGAGGUCAACCGCUCCCCAAUCUUCGCUGAGGAGAAGAAGGACUGGACCCUCCGCUCCCAACUUCUUGCUAUCCGCCCAGAAAUGCCAUCUUCCCUCCGUCAACUCCGUGAGCAACCACACCGUGAGGUUCAACUCUCUCUUACCUCCACCUGGGGAUCCCAAAAGAAGAACGAGCUUAACAUCAACGCCCAACUCCAACAAUCCAAGGAACAGAAGAAGUACGAACGCAACAUGGAGCGUGAAGUCAGAGGAAUGCCAGAGUACGAGCUCUUGAUCAAGGCUGCCCGUCUCAACCAAGUCAACAUGGUCGCCGACUACAAGUUCACCAAGGAAAACGAAGAGACCAUGAGCCGCCUUUUCGACCUUGUCAAGGCCUACAACUACUGGACCGUCUCGAGCCGUCCAGAGGACAACGAGGAAAACCGCGUCGUCCUUCAACUCACCGUCGAGCCAAUUUCCCGUCAAUACGUUAACGUAACCGUCCAAACCCCAGAAGGACGUGUCGAGAUGAAGAACACCCAAAUCCCACGUGUCCACCUUCCAUCCAUCGCUCAACGUGCCACCAAGUACCAAUACACCGAGGCUUCCGGAGCUGUGUGCAAGGUCCAAAAGAACCAAAUCCGCACUUUUGAUGAUGUUCUCUACAAGACCCCACUCACCACCUGCUACUCCCUCAUCGCCAAGGACUGCUCUGAGGAGCCAACUUUCGCUGUUCUCUCCAAGAAGGUCGAGAAGAACUCCGAGGAGAUGAUGAUCAAGGUUCUCCGUGGAGAGCAAGAGAUUGUUGCCCAACUCCAAAAUGAGGAAAUCCGCGUCAAGGUCGACGGAAAGAAGAUCCAAUCUGAGGACUUCGUUGACUACCAAAUCGAGAGACUCGGAGAGUCCGCCAUCGUUAUUGAGCUCCCAGAAGGAGAGGUUCGCUUCGAUGGAUACACCAUCAAAACCCAACUCCCAUCCUACAGCCGCCAACAACAACUUUGCGGACUUUGCGGAAACAACGACGACGAGUCCACCAACGAGUUCAUGACCGCUGACAACACCGAGACCGAAGACAUGGAGGAGUUCCACCGCUCUUACCUUCUCAAGAACGAGGAAUGCGAGACCGAGGAGGAGCGUCUUACCGAGAAGAAGAACUACAGAAAGUACGAGAGAGAUGAGGAGGAGUCCGACGAGUCCGACGAGUCUUAUGAUAACGAUGAGGAGCCACAAUACACCAAGAAGAGCAACAAGAAGUCCGAAAAGAAGAACCAGAUCGUCGAGAAGACUCAAAUCAAGGAGUUCUCCCACCGCAUCUGCUUCUCCGUUGAGCCAGUCGCCGAGUGCCGCCGUGGAUACGAGGCCGAGCAAUCUCAACAAAGAAAAAUUCGCUUCACCUGCUUGCCACGUCACAACAGAGAUGCCAGCCGUCUCUUGAAGGAGUCUCGCCAACAACCACUCGAGCUCAACGACUACCCAGUCUCGUUCGUCGAGGCCGUCAAGGUCCCAACUGCCUGCGUCGCUUUUUAA